UUGACACUCACAACCUUACGAGUUGUCGUGUGACACCAAAACAUGUCUUCAUCACAAGUCCCUAACAUCGUACUCUCCAACCGCCGAAACUUUCCGGUGAUUGGACUCGGAACUGGUACCAUGUCCGCCGGCGGCGAUGACACCAAGGUGGCAGUGCUAGAGGCCAUUAAGCUCGGUUACAAGCACUUUGACACAGCUUCAAUUUAUGGGUCAGAGGAGGGACUUGGAGAAGCCAUAGCUGAAGCUCUAAAACUUGGUCUCGUUGGGUCUCGAGAUGAUCUCUUUGUCACUUCCAAGCUCUGGUGCUCUGAUAAUCAUCCUGAUCUUGUCCUUCUUGCUUUGAAGAAAACACUUCAGUCACUGAAAUUAGAAUAUGUAGAUCUUUAUUUGAUCCACUGGCCCAUUGCUUUGAAGUCUGGAAAUUGGAGCAUGCCUUUUGAUGAAGAGGCCAUGGCCCCAUUUGACUUGAAGGGUGUGUGGACAAAAAUGGAGGAAUGCCAACAACUGGGACUUACAAAAGGCAUUGGAGUCAGCAACUUCAGUUGCAAAAAACUUGAAAAUUUGCUCUCAUUUGCCAAUAUUCCUCCUGCUGUCAACCAAAUUGGGAUGAAUCCUACUUGGCAGCAAAAGAAUGUAAAAGACUACUGCCAAUCGAGAGGAAUAAUCAUAACUGCAUACUCUCCUUUGGGAGCUAAAGGUACCUUUUGGGGUACCAACGAUGUAAUGGACAAUGAAUUGCUCAAUGAAAUUGCAAAUGCUCAUGGCAAAUCUGUUGCUCAGGUGUGUCUAAGAUGGUUGUAUGAGCAAGGCGUAGCUUUUGCGGUUAAGAGCUACAAUAAAGAGAGAAUGAAGCAAAAUUUGGAAAUAUUUGAUUGGUCACUUACAAAAGAUGACUAUGAAAAGAUUAACCAAGUCAAGCAACAUCAUUGUUUCAAGUAUGGACCAGCAAAGUUCAUUGAGGACCUUUGGGAUGAAGAAAAUUAAUACAAUAUGGUGUAUUCAUUCACCAUAUACUGAAGCUUUUGCUUUCUCUCCAAAUUUACUUCGACCGCGCAAUAAAUAAAAGUUAUAUAGAUUUGAAUAUUAUUUUUGAAACUUGAUUUGAAUUUUAUACUCAAAGUUGAGUACUUGUACUCUCUCAAUGCUAGAAGAAUAGCCAAUAUAAAAUAUUAUUCUCAUA